ACGGCGAGCAACCGUCACCCCGACAUUCCUCCUCCGAGUGUUCUCCCACGCAACAUUCCCGCAGGAACUUUCGCCAAGUGUCAUCAUACCCGAUUUCUCCGGAGAGUGACCCUUCGAAAUGUGCUCGAAACCGCCCCCCGACCCCAACGCGAUCCCGCCGGCGGUCCGACCUGGUGACUCCCGACUCGAAAAAAACGGGCCUCGUCUGUGAUUUUCCUUCCCCGGUCGGCGCAUCGCGAGCUCUCCUCCGCGCGAUUCGACCGAACAAUGCUGCUGAAACGUGUUUCCCCGUGAACUUUCCCCGGAAACUUCGAGCUUUCACGUUGGCAGCCCCCAGUUGUGGACCCUCGUGCGGCCUCAGCGAAAGUUCUCUCCUUCGGGCGUUUCUUUUCAGUCUCCCGACUGUUCUCGAUAGUGGUUCGUGUGCAGCUCCAUGCCGCUAGUUCCGGGAAGGUUCUUCAAAGGUUUCAAGCUUGAAAUCUUUGCCCGCUUUGGAUGCCCGUUUUCUAUUUUCAUUAUGGUGCUCCAAUCGCUACUCCCUGAAAUCGGUGGUGCGGGAUCGUGUCAACCGGUCGCCUAGAGCGCAGCCAUCCAUUGAUCAAAAUGGUGACUGCCUGAAGCAAGUCACUAGAUCAACAGCGUGACCUGGUGAAAACCAUCCAAGUCCAAUACCUUUCCCCAUCCUCUUAAACCUGCGAGCAUAAACCUCAGACUAUCGCAAAAAACCAGGACAUCAAGCUCGAUUGAUUUUGAUGCUUUAUUCAUCUUCAUAAAGUAUCAAAAGUAAUCACUCGAAUAUGGGAAUCACAAGGAGUGGUCAAAUGCGUUUCCCGCAUCCCACGCAAAUCCCCCUAAUUAUUAGUUUACGUUAUGGGUAGUCGUUUUUUAAAUUGAUUUUUUAUUCCAGAUUUUUAUACUUUAUAUCGGUUUUAAUUUCCCGUUAAGUCGUUAUCCUCAUCUUUUGACCCGCAGGGCUCUUUCAGUAUUAUUAUAUUUUAAGUUUCGGCUUCGCUGGAUCAACACGAAUUUUGUGCCCCGAAGUCUCUUGUCAUAUUUUUAAAAGCCUUGUUAAAACCUCUCGCGUCAAUGUUUUAGAAUUUUAGGAGCCAUCUGUGAUCAAAAUAAUUAUUGUCUGAUGCUUUUUAAUAUCAGGUUAUCAUUGUCCGAAGGUCAGUCGUAAGCUUCGCCGCAAGUUAUCGUUAUUCCGUCGAUCGACGUCUUUGAUCAAUUAAAAUUAGUUUAGUGCUUUAAUAUCCGUCUGUUUUUGAAGUGAAACAUUAUAAAACAUCACAAUUUCCAUCCUUGUUUUUCCGCCGUGAUUGAGUAUAUUUCCGUCGAUUUAAAUUUAAACUACACGCAUCCCAUCCAAAUAUUGCAUUGACUGCUCCGGUCGGAUUACGGUCGAGUGGCGAAUAGUAAAACAAUGAGGUUUAUUUUAUGAUGGUCUCUUUUCUUCCCUCCUCUUCUCUUUCCUCAUCCCUCUACGAGUGACACCUUCAAACCUCUGACGUAAUGGAGCCUUUCUCUCCGGAUCUUCUCUGGCUGGUCAUCGUCAGCGCUGCCACCGCAUUUCUUCUAUCCUUUGGGAUCGGCGCAAAUGACGUGGCCAACUCUUUUGGUACGUCUGUCGGAUCCAAAGUCCUGUCCAUUCGGAAUGCUUGUAUUCUAGCCACAAUUUUUGAGAUUGCUGGAGCCAUUCUCGUCGGUUAUCGAGUAUCUGACACCAUGCGGAAAGGAAUAUUAGAGAUUGAGGUUUACAACAACAGUGAAAAGGAACUGAUGGCCGGAUGUUUGUCAUCUCUCGCCGGGAGUGGAAUUUGGUUGAUUGUGGCGACGUUCUUCAACCUACCAAUCUCAGGGACACACUCAAUCGUUGGAGCAACUGUUGGAUUUUCGUUUGUUGCCCGCGGUGCUGCUGGAAUCCAUUGGGGAACUUUGGGAACCAUCGUCGCUUCCUGGUUCAUUUCACCUGUUCUCUCCGGAAUCGUUUCGGUUCUAUUGUUCGUCCUUAUCCGCCGUUUCAUCAUCAAAGCGCCUCAGCCAAUGAACACAGGUCUUCGCGUGUUGCCCUACAUUUACGGCCUAACUGUUGCGGUCAAUGUUGUGUCCAUCAUUCACGAUGGCCCAAAAUUGCUGCAUCUGGAUCAAGUGCCAGCUUGGGAAGCCGUUGCCAUAAGUGGAUUAUGUGGAUUGAUAAUUGGUAUUCUUGUCAAGCUUUUUGUCGCUCCUCGUCUCCGCAAGCGUAUUUUAGAGCAAUUAAAUGCAGAUGCUCAUCGAAGAGAUGUGAAGUUCACAAUAUGCGAAUCAACAGACUCAUCAAGAGAUACAAGUCCUAGAACAUCACGCCUGUAUCAAGAAUCGGACGUGAACAUCAAACCUCUUCCAAUCAUCAAGGAGGAAAACUCCAACAUCCGUAAAUCCAACGGGUUUGCACCAACUAAUCAGGGUAAGAAAAAUUCCGACUGUCAACUUUUAAAAUGUCGACUGACAAAUGCUCAUGAAACCAGUUUGAGCCAUGAAAGAGGUCAUGCCUCUCCUGCUGACGGCCUAACUCCAAACAGCAGUGCUGUGCCAUUGUUAAAAGAAAAACCUUUAGAACUUUUGGAACUCGAGCAAUGCUCAACGGAAGCUUUGAAUUCUCAGAGAGAUCCACCGGAAGUAGCACGGAUAUUUUCAUUCCUGCAAAUCCUGACUGCCAUUUUUGGUUCCUUCGCUCACGGUGGAAACGAUGUCAGCAACGCCAUCGGUCCACUGAUCGCAAUUUGGAUGAUUUACUCGGAGGGGUCAGUGGAACAAAAAGCAGAAACGCCAAUAUACAUCCUUCUUUACGGCGGCAUCGGUAUUUCUUGCGGUCUUUGGAUUUGGGGUCGGCGAGUGAUCAAGACCAUAGGAGAGGAUCUAACUAAAAUCACACCCUCUACAGGUUUCACGAUCGAGAUUGGGGCCGCUUUCACCGUGUUGCUUGCAUCCAAAGUUGGUCUUCCCAUCAGCACGACCCAUUGUAAAGUUGGGUCGGUUGUGUUCGUCGGUUGGGUCAGCUCCUCAAAAGCCGAAGGCGUCGAUUGGAAAUUAUUCAGAAACAUCAUCUACGCAUGGGUUGUGACUAUUCCCGUUGCUGGUGGUCUCAGUGCUGCAAUCAUGUUUAUUUUAAAACACGCUUACCUAUAAAACUCGAUUGAUACAAAAGGAGUUCCUAUUCAUGCAAACAAAGAUUAGGCCUUUAAAGCCUGUUUUUACAUACUUUGCAGUAACAGUCUCAAAAAUGUAAGAUGUGAACGUUGAAGUGUGUCUAACGCAAAACACUGAAAUGAGCUACAAUGCAAUAAAGAUGACCUUACA